AUGCCAGCAACGUCACCAAAGAAGUACAGGCAAUUAUCGCAACAAGAAUGCCUUGCUGAGUUACUGUCUGUUUUCGGCAACGAAGCGCCACAUCAGUCGACAAUUUCCCGUUGGUAUGGAGAAUUCAAACAUGGACGGGUGAGUCUUAGCGAUGAUCCCAGGGUGGGUGCGCCAAAAACGGCAGUCACCCAAGAAAACGUCGAUGCUGUGCGCAAACUCAUUGAAGAUAGACAUCAAGAAAAUUGGUUUCUCCGGUCAGAGUUAAUUGGUGUCAAAAAACGCUUGAUCAUUUCAAUUCCGGAAACUCAAAAAAAUUCGGCUGUUUGGGUGUUCCAAGGUGAAGAAAAGCCAACAAAAGUCAUCCGUUCUCGAAGUGUUUCGAAAAAGAUGGUCGCGACAUUUGUGUCAAAAGCGGGUCGUAUUGCAAAAAUUCCUCUUAAUGAGCACAGAACUGUUACUGCGGAUUGGUAUACCACCAUUUGUUUGCCAAAAGUCAUCACCGAGCUUCGAAAAAUCAACCACGAACGAAGAAUCAUCCUCCACCAAGACAAUGCAAGCUCGCACACAGCCCAAAAAACAAGGCAGUAUUUAAUGGAAGAAAACGUGGAAUUAUUGGACCAUCUUCCAUAUAAUCCCGAUCUAAGUCCUAACGAUUUCUGUACUUUCCCGAAAAUUAAAAACAGACUGCGUGCAAAAGAGUGGAAUAAGUGCUUCGAAAAUUGGUUUGAGCGCAUGCAGAUAAUACUUCAAAAACAAUAA